AUGGUUCAGCCAUUGCAAUAUGGGGGGCAUCAAAUGGAGGGGGGAGAAGACUCAGUGGUGAGUGCCUCUAGAGGCGGUGGAGAAGCUCCGCUGGAGCUGGGUGACGUGGCAGCUACGUCUGACGUGACUUCGGGCAUCCCUUCUGGCAUCCCUUCUGGCAUCACUUCUGGCAUCACUUCGGGCAUCCCUCCUCCCAUCACUGGGGUGAGCGGGGAUGAGAAGAAUGUCCAACUGGGAGAGAGCCCCCCAAACGUCCCCCCGUUGGGCACCCCUUCAAUGGAUGAAGAAGACAAAUAUGGAUUUCUGAGUUACUCAAAUUACUUCUUCCUAGAGGAACCGAACUACGUCAACACAUAUUUCGACGUGAAGGACAUUUUAAAAAACACCAACCCGACAUUAACGAGCUUUUUCAAAUACAUCGCUCUCUUGUCUCAUGUGAUUUACUUCGAUCAAGUGGAAGAGAAAAAAUUGCUAACGUCCACUGAUGUACAAAACAUUAAGCACAUUUUGCUGAAGAAUGAACAGAGUAAUAUCACUAGCGAUACAGUCGCGUACAGCUGCAUCGUCCUCCUUCUCGACGUCAUAAAGUUGAGUCCCCAUUCGGGUAUAAAAAAUUAUGUCUAUUGCCAGCUAGCCAAAAAUGCACAGAAAAUUGAGAAUCUCUUCUUUCCCAUUUAUUCUUAUCAAAAAGGGAAGCAUCGAGAUCAUUCCUACGUCGUUCGAAAAAAUGAAGCCAUCUUCAUAAGUGAUUUCGUAACUCUGAAUGUUAUUAAUCUGCUCAAUGGGGAAGACAAACUGACAAGGAACUACGGACUCAGACUUUGUCUCCUCUUUCGUCACCACUUGAGUGGAUGUAAUCACCUUGUGCAUAUCGUUUUGAGAAUCAUUUUUAAAAAAAUAAAUUUCGAUGAAUUUACUUUGGCAUUACUCGUCCUCACAAAGUGGACUCCUUUCCUAUCGCACGAUGUUCUGUACCACGUGGUGAGAGGCCUCUACCACAGCGCAGUGGGGCGGUCAAGUAGGAGGGAAAUCCCCACAGCGGGGAAGCACACCACUGGGGGGGCCUCCACGGAGAAGCUCCGCCAAAGGGAUGUCGGGGGGUCCCCUCCAGACGGAUGCACCGAUGGGGAAGUGAACCAAGCGGAAAAGCAGAGACACACACAAGGUCACACACAGAGCUACACCCAAACAGCAAAGCUACACGUUGGAGAAACCAAAAAAGGGCCAAUCCUCGACAACCCAUUCACUUUCACCAUAAGUAUGUACCUCGCAAAAAUCGCCAACAGAAUGAACGACAUGUUCCCCUACGUAAGUUAUUUUCUUUUCAGAAAACUUUGGAAAAUGAUUAACAGUCUGUUCAGCGAAGAGGAAAAGCCCUGCGCCAGUGAAGAAGCAGCCAUAACUAUUCUCCGUGCGUACUUUCACAGCACAACUAUUUUGAGCCAUCAAAAUGGGUUCCUCACAAAUCUGCAAAUCAUUUCGAUUAAAUUUUUGUUGAUGGUGCCACAAACGACCUUGAUGAAGAGAAGACAGCUAACCUAUUUCGCUCUCAAAAGUCUGCUAUUUUUGAUGAAAAAAAAAAGCAUUCAUGUGUUCCCAUUUGUGGAUGACAUAUCGGGGAAAAGAAACUCCUUCGACCAACGGGUGAGCAGUUUCCACUUUUCCUAUUUCUCCUUCGUGUCCACUAUCAGAGAGUAUGAAGUGGUAGCCUGGCUAAACCGUCUGCCGCUCUGCCGUGGCGACAGCCCUGCCCUCUUCAUGUUUGUGAAAAUUGUCUACCAGUUUUUUAAGGCAGCCAGUGGGGAAAAUUACCUGACCCGUUCAGAAAGAAAUGGGGGAUCCAUUUUGCCACGCCUUGCUAAUCACUGCAAAGGAGAAAACUCAGGUGAAGUCAUCGCAGCGGGUAACCAUCCAAACCGCUUCCAAAUGAACAUCUUACCCAGUUUGAGUCGAGCGCACCGCGACCCGUUCAUUCACAACUUUGUGUGCACCUUGAGGGAGAGUCUCCCCAUCGAGAUGUACCACCCGGAUGGCUACCCCAAAUGGGAUGACAAGUUUACACCCGAUUAUGCAAUGGAGGAAAAGGAACACCUGCCGGUAGGAAGCGGAGGAGACCAGCUAGCCAGUCCUCCCCAUAAGGAAAAUUCUAAUCAAGGGGAGGAAAAAAAAAGAUCCAGCUGCGAAAAUGACAGCACGGGUGGGGAAGAGAGGGGGCAAUUCUGCUUCACCAUAACGUUGAGCGAUAGCGGGGGGAGCGACGAUCGUAACGAUAGCGACGAUGGCGGUGUACGUGACGGAUGCGACACCGCGGAGGAACACUUCCCACAGGAGAGCAUGUCCAAAUUGGCGAAGCCAGACGGGCGUACUCGACAGCGAAGGAUGGACCUCUUUUUUGAGAGGUUUGUCCAGUUGGCGAAGGAGAACGAAAAGGCAAGCGACAUUAACGUGAAAAAGCUGGACAUAACGCUGAAGAUAAGGGGAGGAGGGGGCCCGCACAAGGGGGAGCAACAUCACCGGGAGGAGCGGCAGCAGGGGGAGCAGCAGAAGGAGGAGCGGCUGGAGGAGCACCCCCUGCAGGAGGAUCCCGAGGCGGAACGAGAGACCCACUCAGCCAACGAACGCACUGACCAGGCCGAGGGAGAACGAGUGAAAACGCACCAUCCCAGAAGAGAAAGUAACCCUCCACCGAAGAGGGAGGACGGAACCUUACUCAACAGUAGGCAGCCCAAACCCAACACUGGAGAUCAGGCGAUGGCGGAAUCAGAAAAAAGCUCACUAAGUGAUGCCAUUAGCGAAAUAAGUAACGGUCAGAACAGUCCACCCAAGAAGAACACCAUAAGGGAUUUAUUGUACACACAGGUUAAAACAGACAAACAAGGGGAAAUUCGAAAAAAAAAUGUCUUCCCCUACUGCUACAAAUGGCUGAAGAAAAAUAAAAUAAGACUUCAAAGUUUUGUGAGUAAGGAUAAAUUAGAGGACUUCACAUUUGGAGAGUCUUUUUUUGCCCAGUUUAAGAAGGCAUUUUUAAAAAAAAAAAAAAAAAAAUAUAGCCGACCUUGGGACCGCAGAGGAGUUAAUAGGACAUAUGAUUUUGGCCAAGUUCACGACGAAAGGGAGGGAUCACCAUCGGGAGAAGACAUUCCAGAUGAUUCGACCUUAUACAGAGUAAUGUUUAUAAGGCUGCUGUUCUUCCUGAACCGGCACAGCUCUGACAGUGUAUCGAUCAAAAUGUGUAUUUUUAAAACGCUGACUAUUCUGGGGAAGUAUAUUGUAUACGAUGAAGAUGUAAGGGAGUUUGUCCAUCUGUUAAAUUCAUUCUUCCACAUUUUUGUGCACAAUAAGGGAGACUCUAAUGUGGAUACCCACUUGGAUGGGGUGGCAAACAGUGAACUCAUCGGUGAGACAUGUCACACGAGCAAUAAUGUUAGCGGCAUGAGUAGAGGUACGUACAUAGAAGGAAGGCCCAAUUUUAACUACAGGAGGGGAAGUAAAUACACGCAUAGUGGGACUGACCUGAACCAUGAUGAUAGGCUAUACACGGUCAGGGGGAUAGGAGGGCACAUUACAUCAUCCGACUUGGAAACACGCGACGAGACAAAUUCUGACCUCUUCUUAAGCGAUCUGCUGCAUCGCAGGUUGAGAGAUCCACCUGGGGAAAGCGGCAACUGCACUUCCUAUCAGCAAAGCGGUGCUUUCAAAAGUGCCAUGCAGACGUGCCUGCUCAGUGUAGCCGCCAACUUAGGGAAUUGCACAAAUGGGCACCUCCUGAACUGCCUUUUCCACUCAUUUUGCAGCAACGAGUUUGUUCCAUUCUUCCACCUCCUCUUUACACUCCGUGCGGAAAAAAUUGUGCACAUUUUGAGGGACCCCUUUUUUUAUUUGCUGAUAGAUUGUCAGGAGACCAAAGGGGAUUAUUCCCCCCGUGGAAAAGCAGACGAGGAAUAUGGAAUGUCGUCCAACCGCGUAACAGAAGGGGCGAAAAAGACAAAAAAAAAGACUUCCUUCGAUACGCUCGUUAGCCGCGUUAAGGGUGGUCGCCGCGUUUAUUUUCUCAAGCGAAGUAAAUUUUUUCAAACCUUCAACAUUUGCCAGCAUGAGAAUGACCACCCAGCUAGCUAUCACAACGUGAGACACCUGUUUCAUUUAGCCCUCGUCAGUUACGGGAAGGGCCAAGAAGUAUCGGCGGCGUUACGAAGGAAGGUUUACGUUUUUCUUAGUCAGGUAAAUUCACCAAGUGAUGGCAACCAAGUGUGGGAGAAGGAAAACCAGAGGGGAGGGCCACGCGUCGGUUGGGGUGACACCCGUGGCGAGGCUGGAGCGGGUCAGCGUCUUCCACAGGGGAGUAAUUCGGGCGAGUCGGCAAUUGAUCAAGAGACGCAUCCCAGGAGGGGCAGCGGUGGUGGCGGUGAUAGGUAUAGUAGCAGUGGCAGAGAUAGCACCGAUAGCAACGGUACUAGUGACACCCCCCCAUCCACGUGCGCCUCAUCAGACGACCAACCCAGCUCGGCGGAGAGGGACCACCCAUCCGAUUGCAGCUCCAUUUCGUCCAUGUCGAACAAGUCCCUGCGAAGGAAAGUGCAAAAAAUGUACAGAAAGUUACAGCACCAAGAAAAAGUAGCAUCCGAAGAAAAUGUCCAAGUAGCCAAUUUAAAAAAAAAUGAAAAUUCCCUUUUUUACCUGUACAGGUCAGGUAAAUAUUGCAUGUGUGCAGGAUUUUACAAACAUGGCUAUUCUAUCUUUGGGAAGUUGUUUGUCGUGGCGAAUAGUGGAGAUGUAAAGCUGUGGUUUAGAGUUUUAUUAAAUUAUUGUAACUUUUUUUGUCGAAAGAGGAGGAAGUCGUAUGGGGAUUGGAAAACUUUUUUAAGUUCGACAAAAUUUUUACUGAUUUCUGAGCAGUGCAUGAAGGAGAUACGGAUAUUCCAACAGAACUUUUUUCUUUUUGGCUUUUUUUUGAAGGUACAAAUAAACAUGUACCGAGCUGUAGAAGAUCUGCUAACUCUGGUGAGUGACAUUCGGGAUGAAAUAAAUUUCACGCUCACUUAUUUUGUCUGUAACAUAGAAAGGAUUAUCACUUCGCUGGUGGAGACUACACUGGGGAUUCUGACCCUUGCCGGAAUCAGGCAUUCAUUCGCGGGUCUGUCCAAAAGGGUCCUAUUCCUUUACGUCGUUUUCCUGAAGUCCACGUUCGUGCUGUGCUCCUUCUUGCGGCACAAGGUAAUCCCCUUUUUGUUCCUCAGUCCGUCCUUCGUGCUGAGAGCCCCUCCCGUGGAUAGCGGUACAGACAGCAAUGGAAGUAGCGGUGGAGGGAGCAGCGGUGAAGGGAGUAACGUCGAACGGAGCAGCGGUGAAGGGAGCAACGUCGAACGGAGCAGCGUCAGACGGAACGGCGAACGAAGCGGGCGACGGCGAGCCGUGUUCAACAUAGGCAGCUGCAUACUACACGACCUGGUGCACUUUUACCUAAACAAGAGCAAAAUCAGAAGGAUGAGAAACAACAUUUUCGCGAAAGAGAUGACAGACACACAGGGGAAAAAUUUUCCAGACGUCUUCGACUACGUAAUGACCCUAUGGAGAGUGGCAGCUUGCAAGUUCUUUUUCUAUGAACAUGUUCAGAAAAUAAAGGAGCUUUAUCAUCAGUUCUUUAAAGAUGGCAUGGUGAAUAAAAAAAAAAUCUUGGCCUUCAUGAAAAUCUAUUUGGAGGUUUUCUACCGGAUGGAUCUGCCAACUCCUCCUCGUGUUUUUUCAUCGGUGGCAGUCCCGUAUGUUAGCAGUUCGACCUACGUGUACAGAUCGAUCAAAGGAAGAGCCCCCUCUGAAGUGGAGUCCCUGAAGUGCGUAGGCCAGCUGGUCUCCCACAAGGCGGCCACUGUGCGAGACUUCCACUACUGUAACGUAAAACUAAUUUUAAGCAAUAAAGUAAUCCGAGAGGUCAACGUCAGAAAUGAAGGAAUCAACAUCACCUACACGGCCCACAUUAAAAUGGCGGAAGAUGAAUGGAAGGAUUUCGCCAUUUUUUUAACCCCCCUCGAUGGUAGAAAAAGACUGCUUGGUCAGGCAAAAGCGACUGUUUUGUAUUUUAAAUAUGUGUGA